UCGUGCUUGUGCUGAAAAGCGUUUCUGUUCGUCAUAAUCGAGCGACAGACGUGUUACAAAACAUCAGAAACACCUUGAACUUCAGCUCAACUUAUGAAAUUAAUGAAACUGUUUUUCUGCAUCUGUAGAUAAUGACCAGUGUCCAGAUGAGUGCCGGAGACGAGCUGCUGGAGAAGUAUCUGGACUGUUGCUCUCGAGGAGAUCUGGAGAAAGUGUCUGUGAUGAUGUCUCACUCCAGCGAGCUGAUGAAUCAGAGAGGAGAGACGGGCUGGACCGCUUUAAUGUUCGCUGCCAGGAACGGACACUUUGAGCUGGCAAAACUUCUACUGUCAAAAGGGUGUGAUACAACCACAACAAACAGGUCCGGUCAGACCGCCCGAGACGUGGCUCUGUUUUGGGGUCACAGACACAUCGCCCGUUUGUUGUCCACCAGCCGAGACCACGAUACCCGUCAGGUUCUGUCCAGCAGAGCGGUUGACGAGCCUGAAAAUUACUUCAACAGAGAGUUUCUCAACAGAACAAGUGAUAAACGAACUCAUUCAGAGUGGCUCGCUGCUAAACGCUCUUCUCCAGAGACAGUUUUUAUUCUCUUUCACAAUCUGAAUCCUCUCGUAACAUCUCGAGCUGAAGAUGGAAAUGAUGGUCGGUCCGAUAUGACACUGUGUAAACUCACAGUGAGUUCAGUGGAGCAGCUGUUGAAGAAGAGCGAGACGGUGGUGAUUUUCUUGGGGGUUGAGAAGCAGGAGAGAUGCCCCAACCCGUCUGUGUGGCAGGAGGGUGACGGGCUGGUGGCCUGGUUUGCUCUGAACACCGAAAACGAUCCCACAGAAUCCAUUAAAGCAAAAGAUCCAAACAGUUUCUUCCUUAACGGACCCAUGCCGGGACUGUUAAAGCUGAGUGAUGAUGAUGCAGGGGUCAUUGCUCAGGCCCGGUCUGUUCUUGCGUGGCACAGCAGAUACAGUUUCUGUCCGACAUGUGGAAGCAAAACUAAAGUAGAAGAGGCUGGUUACAAGAGGACCUGUUUGAGAGCAGGUUGCAGAAGUCUCCAGGGCGUUCAUAACACCUGUUAUCCCAGAGUUGAUCCUGUGGUGAUCAUGUUAGUAAUUCAUCCUGAUGGGAAUCAGUGUCUGUUGGGACGCAAGAAGAUUUUCCCUCCAGGAAUGUUUUCCUGCCUUGCUGGUUUUAUAGAACCAGGUGAGAUGAUAGAAGCAGCUGUGAGGAGAGAAGUUCUGGAGGAGAGCGGCGUUCAGGUGGGCGUGGUCCAGUACCUGUCUUGUCAGGCGUGGCCGAUGCCAUCUUGCCUGAUGAUUGGCUGCCACUGUGUCGCUGUGACAACCGACAUCAAAGUGGAUGAAAAUGAAAUCGAAGAGGCUCGCUGGUUCACACGGCAACAGGUGAUCGACGCUCUUGUUAAAGACAAACAGGCCGUUUUCAACAUGCCGCCCAGACAAGCCAUCGCUCAUUACCUGAUCAAACACUGGAUCGGCUUCAACUCGAAUCUCUAAACUGUGUUUCAAAUGAUUCAUUUGGAUUUGUACAGC